AUUUCAUAAUGCAAAUAGUAGAGUACAUUGUUGGAACCCAAGUGACAACAUGGAAAAGCUGUGGCUCCUCGUGUGGACGUUAAGCCUACAAUGAUGACACCUUGACACGCCUCUGCACGCACCACUCCCACCUUCACUAGACUGAUGUUAUAAGAAGUUGUGAGAAGGUUCAUGAGGCGGCGGCUCAUUUGAAAAAGCACUUGUGCUGGCCUUCCAAGGAUGAUGGAUGCCCAGAUGCUGCAAGGCCUUUGGGCUCCAGAUAACCAACAGCAACACACACGGGCACUUGAAUAUCUGCAACAAUUACGUGAGAGUCCGGAUGGUUGGCAGCUGUGUGGGGCAACUCUCACCUCUGGUGGCCCGCCACUUGAUGAAAAAGUGAAGUUUGUGUGUUUGCAGGUUUUAGAGCAUUAUGCUCGGACCAUGUACAUGAGUUCUAAUCCUGAGGAGCAGACACGCUUCAGACAGUAUCUCUCACAGUGGAUGACAGCUCUCUGCAUGAAUAAUGAAGCUGAGAAAGUUUUUAUUCAGAACAAGACAGCUCAGUUAUUGUCGCUGGUGUUUAUUGUGGAUUACCCGUCUCGCUGGCCUUCAUUCAUGGCUGACCUCCUAUCAAUGCUUCAAAUGGGACCUCAUGCUGUUGAUAUUUUUCUACGAAUACUUCUUGCUAUUGAUGCCGAGGUUGUGGACCGAGAAAUAAUACACAGUCAGGCAGAAAGUGAUCGCAACAGUAGGAUUAAGGAUACCAUGAGAGAACAUUGUGUGGUAGAUUUGACAAAUUCCUGGUAUGACAUACUGGUAAAGUAUGACAAAUCCCAUCCUGAGCUAGUGUGCCAUUGUCAUGAUGUUAUUGGUGCCUACAUCUCCUGGAUUGAUAUUUCCCUUAUUGCUAAUGACAGAUUUGUAUGUAAAAUGGUGGACCACUUAAAGGAGCCUUUACUGCGAGAAGCUGCUGCUGACUGUAUACAUGAAAUCAUCACUAAAGGCAUGGAUCCUGUCACCAAAACCCAACUUAUUGAGUCCUUUGUCACAGUACUGGAUCAAGCAGGUGUUUUAAAGCCCGUAGAUGAUGAUGAUUCUGACUUCCUUGUGAAGCUAGCUCGUCUGAUUAAUGGAAUUGGAGUUCAGCUCAUUCUUUCAUGGCAGAAAUUAGAUAAAAAAGAGAGUAGUAAGAGAGAAAUGGUUCGACAAGCUGUGGAGAACAAGGUCACUCUGCUGCUGACAUUUAUGGCUAGCGAAUAUGAUGACAUAUCUGCAGCAGUCUUUGAUUUUGCUCGGGACUACAUCCAGUUAAUUAAGCAAGCUGGGCAGAUCUCCAAUGUGGAACGUGGUCUUCUUGAAAAUAUGUUGUAUGUUGUCAUCACAAAAACAAAAUAUGAUGAAUCUUACAACUUUGAGCAGGCAGGAGAAGAUGAAGCUAUGUUUGAUGACUACAGAAAAAAACUUAAAGUUGUGUUUGAUAAUCUAGCAGCUCUUAUACCGGAACUUGUCUUAAAAGUAAGCAAGGAAUAUGUUGUGACAACUUUAAAUCGGUGGCAGGCAUCGUCAUAUGAGGAUGUUGAAGCAGCUGUAUCACUGCUGUACAAUCUUGGUGAAGCUUUGCCUGCUUCUCAUGGAAACCACUUCUCUGGGCCCAGCCAGGUGGGUGACCCAGCUGCUCUUCAGGAACAUAUGUCACAGGUAAAAACAUCUACAAUGCAGGAAAUGAUGCGCUUGCUGAUAACCUCAGGUGUAUCAGGUCAUAGCCACCCAGCUGUCUCGCUCCAGUUUUUUGAGUGUGUGGCACGAUAUGAGAAGUUCUUCUCGUGUGAACCCCAGUAUAUUCCAGGCAUUUUGGCGGCUUUUCUCGAUUCCCGUGGCAUGAGAAAUCGAACUCCAAGGGUACGUAGUAGAACGAGUUAUUUGUUCUCUCGCAUAGUACGUUGCCUCAAAACCCAUAUUCUUGGUUACACGGAAGACAUUCUAAGUCAGCUUACAGACCUGCUGGUCAUGGCCCCCCCCGACAAUGGCCAAAUUACACCCCUUCUGACAAAUGAUGAUCAAUUGUAUGUGUUUGAAGCAGCUGCAAUGCUUAUCAUUUCUGGUAAUACUGAAGCACAGCGUAAAGAAAUCUUGAUGAGGAACAUUCUGUCACCAGUGUUUGGUAAAGUCAGCUGCCUGGCAGAGAGACUAGCUCAAGAACAAGAUCCUGUCAGACAGAUGAACAUUGCAAAGAGCAUCUGUCAUGCAACAUCAGUCACAGCACGUACUUCAAAGGCAUUUUCCAAUCAAAACACCAUUCAAGCAUGCGGUUGUGUGCAGCUGUACUUGGAUGCUUUGCAACUAUUCAUUAACUGUCUCAAUGUUGGUGUGGAGAGAGAAAUGGUGGGGUCCGGUGUACGACAACUGAUGCACAGACUGGUAGUGUGUCUGGAUGGUGGGAGCUUGUUGCCUCUGCUUCCACCUGCUUCUCAAGCUCUUCUUCAUACACCUUCACCAACUGUCCUUACAGAGUACCUUCCUCUCAUCAAUCAGAUCAUCACCAAAUUUCAGAAAGAUAUCAGUCCGUUUUUGGGAAGCAUAUUUGUUCCUCUGGUGUGUGCCAUGUUCACAGCACUCUCAGAACCUGUGGAGGACAAUGAUGAGGAAGAGAAGAGGACAAGAAGACUUCUUCAACGCAACUAUUAUCUCUUCCUAACAACUAUUGUGUCAAAUAAUCUCUUGGAUGUCAUGGCUUCUCUAGACUCUAAUAUUUUACACCAGGUCUUGAUGUCAGUAGUUCAAGGUGCAGUGGAGUUUCCUGACCCAGUAGCUCAAAAGAAUUGUUUUGUUAUCUUAAGACGUCUGACAGAAACAUGGGGUGUUAAAGAUGUGGGUCCUCCUGGCUUUGUUGAAUUUUUGUAUACACAGGUUGUUCCAGCAUGCUUCUUGGCCCCACUGAAAACUACAUUUGAUUUGAAUGAUGCACAGACUAUCUUGGCUCUACACGAGUCAGUGAUGUGCCUGCAAUGUGUGUACAAGAAAAGAGGUGAAGAAUUGCUUUCAUAUUUGCGCUCGGAAUAUUUACCAAAAAUGGAACUAUCGCCAGAACUCAUUAAUGAGUAUUGUCAGGCCCUCAUAUCCGAUGCAAAAUUCUUCAGAAAUUAUAGCAAGUUAUUUUUUCAGCGAGCAAAGUCAUGAAAUGGGGAUAUUAACUUAAAUUUUGUCAAGUGUGUAAUUUUGUUUUGGUAUUUAAAAUUGUGUAUUGGUCAGAUUUGUACUGUAAAUUGUAUGCACAAUAUUGUUAAUAGAAAAUGUUAAUGCUAAAAUGAUACCUCUCUAGUCAUAUCUGCUGAAACCCAGUAGUGGAUGACUAUUAUGUCCUAAAUGACUGAAAGCAUUGGUGGUUUUUAAUUUGUAUGGAAACGGUUUUCUCAAAUUUCCCGAUUAAAUAUAAAGAGCUACAGUGCCAUGUUCACCCACUUUAAUACAUGUAACAUUUCUAUUCAGAAUGUUUCUUAAAAUUGCUUAUUAACUUACAGCGAGUCUACAUAUAUUAUGUAGUUCUGGAAAAUAAAUUAUUCUAUGAUAAUUAAUUAUAUACCAUUUUCUACUAUCCUGACCUUGACCUUACUGCUCUAUACAUUGAACCACCACUGGGAUAUUACACAGCUUUGUUAUACUCGUAUGAUAUUACGAAACCUUUUAGCACUCUUUUUCUGCACAGAAAACCAACCUCCCCAUUUUCUAGUAGCUGUGCAUCCAUCUGAAAUUGUUUCCAGACACAGAUUGAGGGUUUUGAAAUUUGCCAUUAGGCUCUUAGUCUCGUUUAGGCAUUGCUAAUAAUGUGUUAAUUUUCUUGAAAUUAUUCAUUGAUAUAUUAAAAAUGCAAAGUCACUUGUACUGAUUAGGUUUAAUUUUUAUUACACAUUUAUAUUUUGUCUCUGGAGACAAAUUGAAAAUUAUGUAAAAGCUUGUUGAAAGUUUUCAGAAAAGCUAACCUUGUGGCGAGGAAGGUCACAAGCAUCAUUACUAUAUGUACGAGAAUAUCGGCUUGCUUUUAUACUGUAUUAUAAACUAUUGCUAAUAAAGAAAAGUGAACACAUGGCAAAUUUGUUUACACUCAAGACCAAAAGCUCAGUCAUAAGGGAUGUGUUUAACUGUGAUAGGCAGAUAUGAUUAGACUGCUCAAAGGUCUGAGAAUGACUCAUAGCUCAUAUUUAUUUGAAAUAUUAUAAAGUAAUUUAAAUCUAUAUUUAUGAUUUAGAGGCUAUAUAACUGGAGUAAAUUUAUGGGCGCUUUUUCCUGGCUGUCGAGACUUCUGUACAUGUAAAUUUUAUUGCAUGAAUAAUUGCUUAACAUUCUGCAUUUUCCUUUUCUUCAUUUUGUCAUCAGAUCAUUGCUCAUUAAUGUAUUGUCCAUUCCAUCAUACAUAAUAUGUAAAACAUUUCCAAGAAUACCAAAUCACUUGCAUGUUAAAUUUUGUCUUGUACAUUAAAACAUGUUACAAUACUGUAUUAAGUUUUAGUGCAAUGUAUUGAAGCAUUGCUUAACCACCACAUGUAUCAUCUGGUACGAACUAACAGCAGACGUAUUCCUUCAUAUGUAUAUUUUUCACGAGGAGCCAUGUCAUUUUUCUGUACAAUCUUACAUUCCUCCAGGCUUGGCUUUCUUUUCAUUGCAAUCAAGAUGGUGUUUUUAUAAGUGCCUUAUGUUUGUGGGGAAAUUAUAUUACUCUGAUUAAGAAUAAAUGCUGCAAUCACAAUGGACUCCGUCAUAAUUGCUAUCACAAUUACUGCAUCAUUUAGCCUUUGCUUACAUGUUUUUCCUGAAAAAAACUAGAUACACAUUCACAAUUACUGAUAUAUUCUCGGGUGAAGCAUUUGUUUAAAAAGUGCUUUGAAUUAGGUUUAUACAAUGUGAUUGUCCAAUAUUGGUCAAGGUAUAUAUUUAUCAAACUUCAUCUGGAAAUGUUUUAUAAAAUAAAAUAUGAUUUAAC